AUGGCAUCAACAUCAUCAUCCUUUGUGCUCAGCCAUCUCCUUGCAAUAGUCACUAGCUCUAUCCCUGCCAUUGGCGACUUUGCACCUCAGAAGCAGGCGGACAUGGAUCAAUUGAUGAAGCACGAGCUCCUGGUGGGUUCAGACGGCAUUUUAGUGGGUGGUAAACAUGUUCUGUGGGAGGAGGGCAUACAAGGCCUGACAUCAUCUAUCCUCGAUGUCCUUAUCCUGCAAUCCAGUCUCAAAAUACAAGAGAUAAAUGACAUUAGAUAUGUCAAGAAGAAGGACAGUUUUAUCCUGCAUGGGUCAUCUGUAUUAAUAAAUCCACGGGGUGUCACUCACCCAAAAUGGAGGCUUACUCUUCCUUUUUCUGGUCAGCUGAAGAAGAUGAAAAGAAAUCAGCAGGAGUCACAGACUGAUACAGAAGCGGAGGAAGAGGAAGAGGCACAUGAAGAUGAAGAUGGAGAUGGAGCUGAAGAGGAAGAAGACAAUGGAGAGGAUGGAGAUGGAGAUGGAGAUGGAGAUGGAGAUGGAGAUGGAGAUGGAGAUGGAGAUGGAGAUGGAGAUGGAGAUGGAGAUGGAGAUGGAGAUGGAGAUGGAGAUGGAGAUGGAGAUGGAGAUGGAGAUGGAGAUGGAGAUGGAGAUGGAGAUGGAGAUGGAGAUGGAGAUGGAGGUGGAGAUGAAGAUGAAGAUGAAGGCAAAGAGUUCUCUACUGUUCCUGUACCGGAUGCUACCAAUUCCAAAAAACCUGAUUUAGUCCUUAUGGACUAUAGGCUGAAGAAGCGCGAUGGGAACGAGAAGAGUUGGGCAUAUGUUCUGACAGGAGUAGAGAUCACCAUCUCAGAACUGGUGGAGGGAAAGGACAUACCAAUAUUUCUGGGGGUUGUGACCAAAUGCUACCUCAUCAUACACGAACAACCGUGGUGCCGUUUCAUUCUUAUUUUCAGUAUCGCGAACAAGAAGCUUUGUGCCUAUUACUUGGACCAUUCUGGCAUGAUAAUCUCAGCACCUCUCCUAAUCAAUCGAGAUGCUGUGCGUUUUGUUGAUGUCUUGAACACAAUGAUGCUAGCGAGUCACUCUGCUCUCGGUCUCGAUCCCACCAUUCAUUCUGUACCUGAGCUGGUCAAUGUUUUUCUUGACCUUGUUGUCGCCCACAGAACGCUGACGUUUGAGCGGAAGGUUCUUCAUGGAGAUCUCAGUCCCAAUAACCUCAUCAUAUAUGAGGGAAAAGGCUACUUUAUCGAUUUUGACCAUGCCAAAUUCGUCCAACUCAACAGUAAAGCGAAGGAUUCAUGUGAAAUGGGAACAAUACCAUACAUAUCCUGUCGCCUUCUCAAACUGAUGGGAGGCAUUCCCACUCCUGAAUCAGUUGAGCACAGGGCCUCCGAUGACCUUGAGUCACUCUUCUAUAUCUUCCUCAAAUGUAUGACUAUAUAUGGUGGGCCCGGUGGUCUAAUCACAAACAGAGGGAUACCCCCCGAAAACGCCUGUAGAUGGAAUAAAGUGUACAUGAUGAUGGACGUAGACGGUCUUGGGAUUAGCGGAAGCCUCAAGAAAGAGUUCAUAAUGAAGAAAACCCCGGUUUAUGAGCCUGCACCAUAUUUCCAAGCAUGUUACCCCAUCCUCGAGGACUGGUGCAUGGCGAUUAGAGACACACUCAUCAACAAUAAAGACAUCUCUCACGACCAAAUUCAGGAGAUUAUACAACGGGGGUUGGAUAACAUCGACAGCUUUCCGAGUCCUGCUGAAAUACUGCUCCCUCUACUUCCAAUGCCAUCUGCUACUCCGAUGCAUUCCUCUGUUUCUUCUCCAGCCACAACUCGGGGUCCGCAGCUUCGUCGUUCAAGCCGGAUAAGCCACCCUGCACAUUCAUUGGUGCCAUCUGGCCCUUCAUCGUUCACACCCCCUCCCCCACCUUCUCGGCCUGCUUCAAGCAGUCAUUCUCGACGCAGGAGGAAGAAAGCCAGACAUGCUUCUCCAUGCAACAAUUCUGGGGAGGAUGCUGAGCCCGCACGACGAAGUCUGCAAAAAGCUGGUGAGAUGGUGAUGGCGGCCCCAACAAGGCGAAGGAAGAACACUGUUGAAAUCAGUGAUUCAGAAGAAAAUCUGAUGGCUCCUUCACAAGUUGCAAGAGGAAAGAAAAAAGCUCCUAGAAAGACAUCUGUGAAGGCCAAUGCUGCACAGCCAGAAUGCCAACGUGCUCACUCUCCGCAUCCAUUUCUUCACACUGCCCAGUGUUCUGACAGGUUUGGAUUCAAGGUGCCAUAUGCUAUUGAUGGUUGGGAUCUGACCCAGCCUGGUCACAGCCAGAAGACUAGAGCUACAGAACCUGGUACAAGGAGUCAUAAACAGCAAGACUCACUAGAUCACGAAAACGUCAUCCAAGACAAUGAAGAUUUUUCUAGAAACUUUGAUGACAGCAACCAACAAGAUGACAAGAAAGACGACAAACAAGAUGACAAGAAAGACAAAGAACAGGACAAAGAACAGGACAACAAGGAAGAUGACGAGCAAGAUGAACAAGAUUCGAGGGAGGAUCUGCAAGCAUGCCAUGACAGGCAUCACGAUGACGAUGAUCCAAUGGGAUUAGACCAAGACCAUGGCCCAGAUGUCCAAACAGAUAACGAGCGUGAUGAUCCAGGCGUUUUUGAUGUCCUGGAGCGCCACCAGGCAAAAAAUGGACGGUGCAAGGCUCCUUCCCUGAGCUGUCUAUUAAGUUCCUCUCGUAGAUACUCACGUGCACCUGCUCACUCAAUGUCUCCUCAUCAAUAUACAUCCCAACGUUCUCUGAACCCAAAUGCAUCUCGUGCUUCCACUCGUAGACUGUCUCCUCAUCAGCGCUCACCAACUCAAUCAACCCUGGUUGCUCGCUCCAAGUCUCCACACACUAAUGAUUCUCGUGCUUCCACCCAUAGACCGUCUCCUUGUCGUUCGACCACAUCAUCCAGUCGCGCCCAGCCUCCCUCUCGUGGGCGUGCCUCAUCACAGGCUCCACCUAGUCAUGUUGGUCAAUCAGAUCAUGUGCCUUCCCUCACUCCUACUUCAGGCCGUUAUCAAUCUCAUAGUGUUACACCUGAUGUGCGCGACCAACCCAAGCACAAAGGGGAUUGGACCAACAAUCAAUCAAACCCUUCGAAGUUAGGGUUUUACCCACCAUGUUGGCAGGCAUUUCUUCAGGCAGCAAAGUUGGAAAUGCGCCUGCAGGCUGUACUAACGCAUCCAAUACCAGAGCACUUUGAUGCUGUAGAACUUGCACGAGAAGUCCUAGAUGUUACAGGCAUCCGUAACACCUACAGGAGCCCCAGCUCUGCCUACGCCUGCCCCCGCUCUGCUAGACUCCCGGCGCGGCGCCGAGAACCACCCUCAGCUUCAGUAGACUCACUCGAGUCGUCGCUGAGAAGACCUAUCCUAGUUCGCACACGCCGACCGACGGUCAGCGUAACACUAGAUGCAGUGUUAUGGAAAUACCACUCAAAGAAGAUUAGAUUGGAGAGAGGAUAUUUUCCAGAAUAUCGUGACCAGAUGUCAUGGUUGCUCUGUAACGACCUGUUUACGUUCCAUACAGAGCUCAAGAAAAUCAUCAUCUCUCUUGCGAAACAGUUAUAUGGCAUCUUUCCAAAAGGUGGCGUGACACGCGGGCACUUGGUGCAGGAACGUGUUACUGAAGCAGCGUCUAAAUUGCUCAAGUCUGGUGACUACCUUUGGCUUCCUGACUCGUCUGAGGGCAAGUAUAAGAACUUUAUAUCACAGGUUCUUCACGAUGUGUGCCAAGAUUUCUACUACAGCAACGGUAAGAAAGCGCUGAAGUUGAUGGACGAAUUCCAACGCUCAAUUCCUGUCAAUGGCCUCAUUCUUGUGGCCGCAGUUGCUAAGGGUGUUCUAACUGGUUUCUGUGACACCGGCACAGACAAGGUCCCUGAUCUGUCCGCUGAUAGAUGCAGGUCAGAUUUCAACUCCAUACAAAAAUCUGUUGAUACAUUGAUGGAUAUCCCUGAUUGUUGUUGA